UUACAAAAUUUCAAAAGGUCUACUUUGAGGAAGGUACUUCAUGCCUAGUGAAUACCACUUUCUCUUUGCUUACCAUUCUUCAUUUUGUCAAAAGCCAGGGUUUACACAGGUGUGAGACCACAGUAGGACCAGCUUUCCUACUUAUGUAAACGUUUCUCUGUGCUCAGGCAGCUGCAAAUACAACAAUCAGCUCAGGUGCAGACUGAAUAAUGUUUAAAAUCUCUCGUAAGGUUUCUUACAAGACUACAGUGUUAAAAUUACUCAAGGGCAACAAUCGAGCGAGUUAACUCUGUGAAACUAGAACUGUGUGCCACUCAACCAAGAAAAGAAUCCGUUUCGUUGAAAAUGCAAGCCUUAACUGUGUUGUUAGCCUUGAUGGCUGUGUCAGCAACUCCUAAUGCAUACCACCGAGUGUGUUAUUACACAAACUGGGCCCAAUAUCGACCAGCGGGGGCCAAGUUCUUCCCAGAGGACAUUGACCCAUUCCUCUGCACACAUAUCAUAUACUCGUUCGCCAAGAUCAACCAACAAAACAUGAUUGCUAUGUAUGAAUGGAACGACGAUGAAAUGUACGUCCGAUUUAACGACUUGAAGAAAAAGAACCCAGAAUUGAAGACACUUUUGGCUGUUGGUGGUUGGAACCAUGAGAAUGGAAAGGUUAGUCCAUUCUCGCGCAUGGUCAACACGGCCGCCUCACGGAAAGUUUUUAUUGACUCUGUUAAGAGUUUGUUGAGACAGUACAAAUUUGAUGGACUUGAUCUGGACUGGGAGUAUCCUGGAAACCGCGGCAACUCUCCACCUGGGGACAAACAGCGCUUCACAAUCCUUUGCCAAGAGCUUCUCGCUGCUUUUAAGGAAGAGUCAGCUGAGAGCGGAAUGCCACGACUUCUACUAACAGCCGCCGUGGCCGCUGGUCAUUCAACAAUUAACAAAGCAUACGAGAUCAGCAAAUUAGCUGGCAUUUUAGACUUUAUAAACCUGAUGGCAUACGAUCUCCAUGGAAGCUGGGAACCCCAGACAGGGCAUCACACUGCCCUGGAGGGUCCCCCAGGGGAUAAACUAACAGUCUCCUACGCAGUGCAAUAUUGGAUGGAUAAGGGUAUGCCGUGUAAGAAAAUCGCUUUAGGAUUAGGAACUUACGGUCGAGCAUUUAAACUUGUCAACCCGAAUGAGAAUGGACUGGGAGCUUCGACCAAAGAUAAGGCUGCCCCAGGGAAAUACACCAGAGAAGGGGGAUUCCUGUCCUAUUACGAGAUUUGUACAAUUGGUCUGACCGUGGUACAGGACAAUACAGUGAAAGCCCCGUAUGGAUACAAAGGAGACCAGUGGGUGGGGUACGAUGAUGAGAUGAGUUUGACAUUGAAAGCGAACUCUCUCAUUAAGGAGAAAAAUCUGCUGGGUGCCAUGUUCUGGGCGCUGGAUCUGGAUGAUUUUAAGGGUUCAUUCUGCGGUAAGGGGAGGUAUCCUCUGAUGAAUGCCGUCAAACAAGCAUUAGGAGGAGAAGGCGGAGAAACAAGACCGCCCAUCCCCUCCCCAUGGCCAGAGCCUAGCACCCAGGGCCCCACAGCUGGGCCUCCCACUGCUGAACCUCCAGUUGGAUCUUGCCAUGCCAUAGGGUCGUGGCAAGGGAAUGCAGGCAUGGAUCAAUGGUGUAAUGAAAACUGCGUCAAGGGGAACUGUCCAGAGUAUUUGUGUGCAUGUAAAACUUGAGAAAGCAAGUGUCCUUCCAUUGGACCAGAAAGUAUCAAACUAAUUAUUGUAGUAAGGGAAAAAAGAACACUUAUUAAACGUUGAACUGGAAGGAA